CUUUGUGUGGGGUGGAUUAGCGGAUAGGCACAUAGUAAAAACGAGAGCAUCAAUCGGAGAAAAGGCGAGAAAAACGUCCGUAAAUUAUUGGAUUGCCGUCGCGGAGUGCGACAUUGUCCGCCCGUUUUAACUGGACGGACAUGCAAGUUGCAGACUGGGGAGUUGCGUGAGUGAGCCCUCGUUACCAUGACGACCCACGUGACCCUGGAGGAUGCCCUGUCCAACGUGGACCUGCUGGAGGAACUGCCCCUCCCUGACCAGCAGCCCUGUAUCGAGCCCCCGCCCUCCUCCAUCAUGUACCAGGCCAACUUUGACACCAACUUUGAGGACAGGAAUGCAUUUGUGACUGGCAUCGCCCGCUACAUUGAACAGGCCACUGUGCAUUCAAGCAUGAACGAGAUGCUGGAGGAGGGCCACGAGUACGCUGUCAUGCUCUACACCUGGAGGAGCUGUUCCAGGGCCAUUCCCCAGGUGAAGUGCAACGAACAGCCCAACAGAGUGGAGAUCUACGAGAAGACCGUGGAGGUGCUGGAGCCGGAGGUCACCAAGCUCAUGAAGUUCAUGUACUUCCAGAGGAAGGCCAUAGAGCGGUUCUGUGGUGAGGUGAAGCGCCUGUGCCACGCCGAGAGGAGGAAGGACUUUGUGUCGGAGGCCUACCUGCUGACCCUGGGGAAGUUCAUCAACAUGUUCGCCGUGCUGGACGAGCUCAAGAACAUGAAGUGCAGCGUGAAGAACGACCACUCUGCCUACAAACGGGCGGCCCAGUUCCUGAGGAAGAUGGCCGACCCCCAGUCCAUCCAGGAGUCCCAGAACCUCUCCAUGUUCCUGGCCAAUCACAAUAGGAUCACGCAGUGCCUGCACCAGCAGCUGGAGGUCAUCCCUGGGUACGAGGAGCUGCUGGCCGACAUCGUCAACAUCAGUGUGGAUUAUUACGAGAACAAGAUGUACCUGACCCCCAGCGAGAAACACAUGCUGCUCAAGGUGAUGGGCUUUGGGCUGUACCUGAUGGACGGUAACGUCAGCAACAUCUACAAGCUCGACGCGAAGAAGAGGAUCAACCUGGGCAAGAUCGACAAGUUCUUCAAGCUCCAGGUGGUGCCUCUGUUCGGGGACAUGCAGAUCGAGCUGUCACGCUACAUCGAGACCAGCGCUCACUACGAGGAGAACAAGUCCAAGUGGACGUGCACCCAGAGCAGCAUCUCCCCGCAGUACAACCUGUGCGAGCAGAUGGUGCAGAUCCGCGACGACCACAUCCGCUUCAUCUCGGAGCUGGCGCGCUACAGCAACAGCGAGGUGGUGACGGGCUCGGGCCUGGACAGCCAGAAGUCGGACGAGGAGUACCGGGAGCUGUUCGACCUGGCCCUGCGCGGCCUGCAGCUGCUCUCCAAGUGGAGCACGCACGUCAUGGAGGUGUACUCGUGGAAGCUGGUCCAUCCCACAGACAAGUUCUGCAACAAGGACUGCCCCGGCACGGCGGAGGAGUACGAGAGAGCCACGCGCUACAACUACACCAGCGAGGAGAAGUUCGCCCUGGUGGAGGUCAUCGCCAUGAUCAAAGGACUGCAGGUGCUCAUGGGCCGCAUGGAGUCUGUGUUCAACCAGGCCAUCAGGAACACCAUCUACGCCGCGCUGCAGGACUUUGCCCAGAUGACCCUGAGAGAGCCGCUCCGCCAGGCCGUACGUAAGAAGAAGAACGUCCUCAUCAGCGUCCUCCAGGCCAUCCGCAAGACCAUCUGUGACUGGGAGGGCGCCAGGGAACCCCCCAACGACCCCUGCCUGAGGGGGGAGAAGGACCCCAAGGGGGGGUUCGACAUCAAGGUGCCCCGGAGAGCUGUGGGGCCCUCCAGCACGCAGCUGUACAUGGUGCGCACCAUGCUGGAGUCCCUCAUAGCGGACAAGAGCGGCUCUAAGAAGACCCUGCGCAGCAGCCUGGACGGGCCCAUCGUCCUGGCCAUAGAGGACUUCCACAAGCACUCCUUCUUCUUCACACACCUGCUCAACUUCAGCGAGGCCCUGCAGCAGUGCUGUGACCUGUCCCAGCUGUGGUUCAGGGAGUUCUUCCUGGAGCUCACCAUGGGCCGCAGGAUCCAGUUCCCCAUCGAGAUGUCCAUGCCCUGGAUCCUCACCGACCACAUCCUGGAGACCAAGGAGCCCUCCAUGAUGGAGUACGUGCUCUACCCUCUGGACCUGUACAACGACAGCGGCUACUACGCCCUCACCAAGUUCAAGAAGCAGUUCCUGUACGACGAGAUCGAGGCUGAGGUAAACCUCUGCUUCGAUCAGUUUGUGUACAAGCUGGCCGAUCAGAUAUUCGCCUACUACAAGGCCAUGGCUGGGAGCGUUCUCCUGGACAAGCGCUUCAGAGCAGAAUGUAAAAACUACGGCGUGAUCAUCCCUUACCCUCCCUCCAACCGCUACGAGACCCUGCUGAAACAGAGACACGUACAGCUGCUGGGUCGCUCCAUUGAUCUGAACCGUCUGAUCACGCAGAGGAUCUCAGCAGCUAUCUACAAGUCUCUGGACCAGGCCAUCAGCCGCUUCGAGAGCGAGGACCUCACCUCCAUCGUGGAGCUGGAGUGGUUGAUGGAGAUCAACCGUCUGACCCACCGGCUGCUGUCCAAGCACAUGACCCUGGACAGCUUUGACGCCAUGUUCCGCGAGGCCAACCACAACGUGUCGGCCCCGUACGGCCGCAUCACGCUGCACGUCUUCUGGGAGCUCAACUUCGACUUCCUGCCCAACUACUGCUACAACGGCUCCACCAACCGCUUCGUGCGUACGGCCAUCCCCUUUACCCAGGAGCCUCAGCGGGACAAGCCAGCCAACGUGCAGCCCUACUACCUGUACGGAUCCAAGCCUCUGAACAUAGCCUACUCCCACAUCUAUAGCUCCUACCGGAACUUUGUUGGCCCGCCCCACUUUAAGACCAUCUGCCGUCUCCUUGGUUACCAGGGCAUCGCCGUGGUGAUGGAAGAGCUUCUCAAGAUAGUCAAGAGCCUGCUGCAGGGCACCAUCCUGCAGUAUGUGAAGACUCUGAUCGAGGUGAUGCCCAAGAUAUGCCGAUUACCUCGCCACGAGUAUGGCAGCCCAGGGAUUCUGGAGUUCUUCCACCACCAGCUGAAGGACAUCAUCGAGUACGCCGAGCUGAAGACAGACGUGUUCCAGAGUCUCCGGGAGGUCGGCAACGCCAUCCUCUUCUGCCUGCUCAUAGAGCAAGCCUUGGUGUCCCAGGAGGAAGUGUGUGACCUGCUCCAUGCAGCCCCCUUCCAGAACAUCCUCCCAAGGGUCUACAUCAAAGAGGGUGAGCGACUGGAGGUGAGGAUGAAGAGGCUGGAGGCCAAGUAUGCCCCCCUGCACCUGGUUCCUCUGAUCGAGAGGCUGGGCACCCCCCAGCAAAUCGCCAUCGCCCGCGAGGGCGACCUGCUGACCAAGGAGCGCCUGUGCUGCGGCCUGUCCAUGUUCGAGGUCAUCCUGACGCGCAUCCGCAGCUUCCUGCAGGACGCCGUGUGGCGGGGGCCGCCGCCCACCAACGGCGUGAUGCACGUGGACGAGUGCAUGGAGUUCCACCGCCUGUGGAGCGCCAUGCAGUUCGUCUACUGCAUCCCCGUGGGCACGCACGAGUUCACCGCAGAGCAGUGCUUCGGAGACGGACUGAACUGGGCCGGCUGCUCCAUCAUCGUGUUGCUGGGUCAGCAGCGGCGCUUCGACCUCUUUGACUUCUGCUACCACCUCCUCAAGGUGCAGCGGCAGGACGGCAAGGACGAGAUCAUCAAGAACGUGCCCCUGAAGAAGAUGGCGGACCGCAUCAGGAAGUACCAGAUCCUGAACAACGAGAUCUUCGCCAUCCUCAACAAGUACAUGAAGGCCGUGGAGACGGACAGUUCCACCGUGGAGCAUGUGCGCUGCUUCCAGCCACCUAUACACCAGUCCCUGGCCACCACCUGCUGAGAACCCCCCCCCCCACACACUCCACAGCCCCCCCCCCCCCCCUCCCCACACACGUGUGCCCACUCCAUAGCACCCACACACACUCUGCCUCUCGAAACAUGGUAAACAUGAGUCGUGACUUUUACCAUUCUUCACAUUGGCAACUAAUAUUACAUGGCAGGAGUGUUCUCUUGUCAUAGCUCUAGAACUACCGAGGCCUACUGGAAACCCAUACGAUUCUGUCUUAAACCGAAUUAGACUCUGUUUAUCUCUGGCUCCCCUGAAACUACAAACCCCAGUAGUCCAUGUUCUGUAGGUGUAGGAUAACUCGGCCUCUUCUUCUGUGGUCACAGUCAGACUGUCCUACCCAGACCCAUGCAUGCCUUCAUGCCUUCCUCAAGCUGUGUACCAUGAGGACUGGGCUCUCACUCACACACACACACACACACAUAUAUACACGUACAUACACACAUGCAACACACAAGUCAAUCAGAGAGCUUGGGACCAACCUUACUCCUGCAGAUAGACUGAGAACAAUCUAGAAUCUUCAAUCUUAAAGAGGACUUGCAUAGACCCUAGACGAAACCCAGAUGGAUCUCAAACUGAUUUCGAAAUAUAUGAAAAAUGAAUUUUGUAGAUGAUAUACAAAAGCAAAUAAGUUUGAGUCCAUGUUGGUGCUGUGGUACUACUACUGAAGGACCCCACCAUCGGCACGACCCUCAUCACUUCAAUCAUGAUACAAUUAACAUUGUCUGUUCAUCCAACGGUUAUUGCUGUUGAUUUGAACCGUAUACACCUUUGCAGCAAAACACUUGAUUUCAGAGGAAAAUGAACAACAUUUGUUUUAUUUAUUUGUGUGUUUCUUUUUUGCUUUGAUUUAUUUUCUCCUCAUGAUUUCUAACAUCCAGAGCCUCUGAGUGCAUUUUAUCCAGUACCCAUAUUCAUUGUGAAUUUCACUGUUGAAACUAAGUGAAGUGUUGAGUGUUGUAGUUUUUGUUUUUAAUUAUUGAUAAUUUAAUUGACAUAUUUGGUACAUGUCUCUUCUAUGAACUAGAAACCUCAUCGACAAUUAUCCUUCCGUUUGUUGGAACUUUCAUUUUUAUUUGACCAUUUCUCUGCGAAUUACACAUCUUCAUCUGCGCAAGUGUGUUUACAUUUUCCCAGAAAAAAAUAACAAUAAAAUACAAUACAUUAGAAAUACCCUCUUAGGCUUGAGGAAAGGCUAGAUCAUCCAGCUCAAAGGGAUUCCUUUUUUUGUCAGAAAAGACUCUACAUCGGAUCCCCCUUGUAAGUGAAUUGAAGAUAUUGAUGCUACCUUCUACAGUAGGUAGAUCAUUGGGAAAAUGUGGUUACCUAAAUAUAUUCAGUAUUUACCAGUGUUGGACUUUGCUUUAGAGUUAGCAGUGUUACCAAAAUAUGCAAAUAUUUUGUGCCCUCUUUUUGUUUUCUUAUAAAGGAUACAUCAGACACAGUUUUAUGACAAUAUUCCCAUCAUGUGUUUAUUUGUUGCAUUUUGAAUGAAAAAUAAGAAAGUUUCUUUGUAUUUGUUCCAGUGGUCAUUUUAUUAUAUUUAUUCACAAAACUACACCUUAUUGUUCAUUGAAUGGUUGAAUUUAUGAAAAAGUGAAGGUAUAAAUUAUCAUCUUCAAACCUUAGCAUGACAAAAGUGUACUUUAUUGUCAUCAAUGGCUCCAUUUGUGACAUGAGGUUUUGUUUUUGAUAUUGUUGUACGAGUGACCAUGUUUUGAAAUACAAAAAAGGAGUAAAGAAUAUAACAUGUACAACAAUGGUCCUGCAAAAGGAUUUGAAAUUAUGUUGUAUUUCCAUGAAAUAAAAAUGUCUAA